GCUUUGGUCUGCACCGGAAGUGCAUGGCCCGCCGAUGUGGUGUCUACUGACUGUGGUUUCUGCCUCUCGCUCCUGUUUCUCGGGCUGGAUAUUUGCUUCGCACCAUGGCAGGUGAGCAGGAGGCGAACCUAGCAGAGAGUGCUGUAAAGAUGGAUGUCAGCCCUAGACACGCUUGGAGGAAGGGUGGACAUCCCAGGAACCGUUUGGUUUGAGCAUGACGAGGACCUCGCUGAGGUGCAGCCCAAGGGCAAGGUGGGCACUAGAGGGAAGAAGCAGAUAUACGAAGAGAACAGAGAAACCCUAAAGUUCUACCUGCGGAUCAUUCUGGGGGCCAAUGCCAUCUACUGCCUUGUAACCUUGGUCUUCUUCUACUCAUCUGCCUCAUUUUGGGCUUGGAUGGCCCUCGGCUUUAGUCUGGCAGUAUAUGGGGCCAGCUACCACUCUAUGAGCUCAAUGGCUCGGGCAGCCUUCUCUGAGGAUGGGGCCUUGAUGGAUGGUGGCAUGGACCUCAACAUGGAGCAGGGCAUGGCAGAGCACCUUAAAGAUGUGAUCCUACUGACAGCCAUUGUGCAGGUCCUCAGCUGCUUCUCCCUGUACAUCUGGUCCUUCUGGCUUCUGGCGCCUGGCCGGGCCCUUUACCUUUUGUGGGUAAAUGUGCUGGGACCGUGGUUCACAGCAGACAGUGGCUCCCCAGCACCAGAGCAAAAUGAGAAACGGCAGCGCCGACAGGAGCGGCGGCAGAUGAAACGGCUAUAGCCCUUGACAUGGUGGCCACAGGCUGCUGGGCACUGGCUGGCUCUUUCAGGAUAUAUGCCUCUCAUGCCUGGAGCAGUGAGGGCCUAGUCCAAGGGCCUGAAGUAUAGCAUUGUUGAAUAAAUGACUUAGAAUAUG